AUGAUAGUCCAAACGACACUGGCCUGUGUGCUUCUAUCCACUAGGGUUGCCCUUGCUUCCAAUGUGUAUCCGGUGACUGAUACAAAUCAACGAUACUGCUACGACAGCUACCACGCGAGUAGCACCAGUUCGAAUGAAGAAGAUCCAGACUCAGAUACCCAAGAGCGAGCUCAUCGGCGGGCCCAAGAGCUAGCUCUCACUAAUACUCGUAAUCUGGACGGUUUCUCUUGUCCUGGAAGCGGUCAAGAUGCAUCGUAUAGCGGACUGAAACAAUUAUUUCAGAACAAUGACGAUGGAACGAUCUCUGAUCUGAACACUGGGCUCAUGUGGACGCAACACGUUUACAGUGAGGGUCUCACGUAUUCUCAAGUCGAGUCUGAACUCUCUAUCUUUCAACUUGGUGGUCAUUCCGACUGGAGGGUCCCAACCAUAAAGGAGCUGUACACCUUGAGCGAGUUCAAUGGAGAAAAGGGAAAUAGCCGAGAAACGAACAUUCCCUACAUCGAUAAUACAGUCUUCAACGUCAAGUAUGGCAAUAUGCACUACAUGGAUGGACAGGUAUGGUCAUCUACCCAGUACACUGGUGCCAUCCUUCAUAACCCAAAUUCAGAUUGCAACUUUGGUUUCAACUCCAUCGAUGGACGAAUCGAAUGUAAUGAACGAAGUUCCACCAGACUCAAUGCUCGGUUUGUCCGGGGCCAUACCAAUAUCGGCAGGAACGCAUUUUCUACAAGUGGAAAUAGCACUGACAUAAUUGUGGAUACUGCUACUGGAUUGGAAUGGGCACGUUCCGACAGUGGCGUUGCUCUGGAUUGGGACGAGGCGUUGGAUUAUUGCAAUGACCUCGAGUUGGGAGGACUUACCGAUUGGAAGCUACCAGAUGCCCAUGAGUUGCAAUCGAUUGUGGACUACAGUCGAAGCCCCGAUGCCACUGACUCACCAGCGAUCGACUCGCUAUUCUACUCGACCCAAAUCGAAAACGAAGCAGGUCAAGCGGACUGGGGAUGGUACUGGACCAGUACCACACACUUGGACGGCAUCCCACUGGGGUCCAAUGCAGUUUAUAUUGCCUUUGGGCGGGCAAUGGGGCAUCUUGAAACCCAUGAUGGUACAGCAGUUGGCGCUGUUGACUUGCAUGGAGCUGGAGCUCAGAGGUCGGAUCGUAAGGUGGGAGCAACGUCUCCCAAAGACAUUGGACCGCCAGGAGACUGCCAUCGAGUAUACAAUUAUGCCCGAUGUGUGCGUGGAUCGUCUAGUCCCUCGGCAAUUGCAUGA